AACAUUCCAGAAUUGGACGGGGUCACGGGAGGAAGAUGAACUGGGUCACGAUGUCGUUAGCACCAGCACCCCGAUCGAGCUGUCGUCACGGAAGAGUUGGUAGACACAGUUUGUGUGCGUGAAGCAGUUGCGAUACUUGAAGACUUAUACGGAGAGGAGAGGAGAGGAGAGGGAAUUCAGUCACGCAAGUACCAUCCAUGCCUCCCUGCGUAGACCCUUCUCCUGCUCGUACACACUACUCACUGGUUACAGGGCUGCGCUCGUCUCCCCUCUCCAGUAGCGAGCUGGCUGGCUGGCUGACGAGAGGACGCAAGUCAAAGUCAUGUGACUUGCAGUGAUCGAGUGGUGUCUCUUGUCAAGUACGUAAGAUGUACAGUCGUAGAGGUAUCGUGAACCGCAGCAUAUUCUGAUGGCCCGUGGCAAUUCUGUUGGUGGGUAUGCUCCCCAACACAUGGGCCUGUCCCUCGAUGUGACUCGCUGUCACUCCAUCCUCGUCAUAGCAACGAGGUAGCCGAUGUCCCGUCGGACUCUCUCUCCCUCCCUCUCUCUCUCUCUCUCCCCUUGGCUCCUCUUUGACUGCGGACUACAAGAGCUGGGCUGAGAUCAAACAUCAAGCAUCAUCAAGCUGCAGGGGGCGCCUACAGCACAUGCUAAAUUGAUUGGCCCAAGGUUCACAAAUGGGCUCGAUGGAAGCGACCAGACGAGACCUGCUUGACUUCUCAGACGAUGUGGGUCCCUCCUGGGGCGGGCUGACUUGCGAGAAACGACAGCGAUUUUGGCCGUGAUCAAGGUGCAGGAAUCGGUUCUUUCUUUUGUACUCUUUCCAGCAUGUCGACCUGCCAGACCUGGUAGAGCCUUGAGCAGCUUGAGCUCUCCACUGUACCGAGGCGGAGAGACCGGGGGAGAGAGGCGCUGGAGCGACGAGCCUGCACAGCAAAAUCUCUGGCCAUGCCAUGCACCUCAGAGGUUUACCUUGCGGAUUUCUGCCGGCAAGACAGCAGGUGACAGACUAGACUCCUCCGAUCACCACAGCGACAACUUAUUGUCAUCUGAGAAGCUCUGCAAUAAGCAAUAAGCAAUAAGCAAUUGGCUCGCCCGGCGAUUGACGCUGAGGGAAAGCUCAGUAGAGAUUCGCCUUGGCGAUGGAGGCAUUGCAGUACUCGGGUUGCGGCUCUGCAACGAAAUUCCGAGGUCGGGCAUCACCUCCGCAUGUCGAGGUGCAGGGUGAAAGUUGUAGGAUACGGAGCUUAAUGUCGACGGGUGCCAGAGGUAGUUGCACUGGCGCCAGCAUCACGGCCUUCAAUCGGAAGAGAUUCGAAGGAGGAACAGGGAGGAAAUUGUUAGAGCUCAGGGUGGCUCGCGCAGCUCUGGCUGUGGACGAGGAUAAGCAGCAAGAGGAUGUGGCGAGGCCCGACGGGAGAUCGGUCAACAUGCCGGUUCCUCACGAUGUGCAGAGCACGACGUCGACGGGGUCUACCUCCUCGAAUAAAUUCGCAGUCGCUACGGAUUACAUUCAGUAUCUUCCCGAGUUUUUGAGGGAUGAUUCAGGGCCGCCUCGCUGGUUCUGUCCCGUGCUGGAAAACAAGCCUCCGAAACAGGCCCCCGUUCUCCUUUUUCUGCCCGAGGUCGUUGGCACCGGCCUCGGGUUCUCACUGCAACAGGAGAAUCUCGCCAGAUUGUUUGAAUUGCGGUGCCUGCGCAUUCCUCUGACGGAUCGUACACCUUUUGAAGGGCUCGUAAGUUUUGUUGAGGAAACUGUACGUAAAGAAGCCAAGCUGAACCCCAGAAGGCCAAUAUAUCUUUUGGGAGAGUCUUUCGGAGGAACACUUGCACUGGCCAUUGCCUCUCGAAAUCCGAAGCUCGAUCUCGUGCUCGUACUUGUGAAUCCCUCAACCUCUUUUCGUGAAUCGCCCCUGCAACCACUUAUUCCUCUGAUUGAAGCGCUUCCACCGGCCUUGUUUCCUGCGGUUCCAGUGCUGCUCGGAUUGGCCACAUACGAUCCGGUUCAGUGGGCUUCACAAAUCGCCACAAAAAUUGCACCGUCGAUCGGGUCCGGUCAAAUAUCCCCCGACAGUAUCACAGGCGCUCUUCGAUCACUUUUGGACGUUGUCGACGCGUUUCCUAAAAGUAUACUACCCUGGAAACUGAAAAUGCUCGAGUCUGGUGCUCGGUACGCAAAUUCACGGAUUCGAGCCGUGAAGGCGGAUGUGCUCAUCCUUGCCAGUGAAAAGGACCAGCUGUUGCCGAGCUUGGAAGAAGCCAAGAGGUUGAAGAAGAUUAUACCCAAUAGCACGUAUCGAAAGUUUCCACAAAGCGGCCAUAUGUUACUAGUGGAGGAAGGCUUUAACCUUGCCAGUAUGAUCAAAGCCACAGGUUUCUACCGUCAAACUAGAAGCAAAGACGUCGUGUCUAAUUUUGUGCGCCCAACGAAGGAGGAGAUCGAUCAAGCUUAUGGGACUACGGACAUACUGCGUAAGCUGACCAGUCCGGUGUUCUUCUCGACGGGGGAUGACGGGGUGGUGGUGCGAGGUGUAUCGAAGAUUCCCACAUCGAAGCAGCCGUUGAUAUUUGUGGGAAAUCAUUUCUUCUAUGGGCUAGACAUGGGCAUGCUCUGGGGAGAGUUGAUGAACAAGUUGGAUGUGUUGCCACGAGGACUGGCUCACCCGAUCCUUUUUGACCAGACCCUGUUGGAAGAGAACAAUGACAGAAUCGAAGGAGACAGGACGCGUCUGUUCGGAGGUGUUCCCGUUGGUGGGAAGAAUAUGUUCAAGCUUCUUUCUAGAGGGGAUUCUAUAGCUCUGUACCCCGGAGGCGCUCGAGAAGCUCUUCACAGAAAGAAUGAGUGGCACAAGUUAUUUUGGCCUGAAAGACCAGAAGUCAUCCGAAUGGCAGCUCGAUUUGGUGCAACUUUUAUUCCCAUGUGCGCAGUUGGUGAGGAUGAGAUCUACGAGAUUCUUCUGGAUUACGACGACUUGAUCAAUCUGCCCUUAGUAGGAGGGCGGCUCUAUGAAGCAUUUGAUCAGUUACCCAGAUGGCGAGAGGAUCUAGAUGGAGAGGUGUCAAAUCAAAUGCUCCACACCCCAGUGGCCGUGCCGAAGUUGGGAGGACCGGGACGGAUUUAUAUCUUGUUCGGCAAGCCUAUCUACACUGAAGGCAAAGAGGAUUUCUUCCGGGAUCCGAAGAAUGUGGACGCUGAGUACAAGAAACUGAGAGAAGCCGUAGAAGGUGGACUCGCUUAUCUGGUGAACAAACGGAAGGAGGACGCAUACCGAAACUUCUUCCCGAGAAUUGCAUAUGAAAUUGCAGCUGGUGGGAAGCAGGCACCGACGUUUGAGCCCUGAGUGUUUGUCAGACUUUCAAGCACUUGACGUCCUCGUCGUUGUCAUCAUCAUCACCCGCAAGUCACUUGUAUAGUUCGUUCCUGGUUUAAUGUCUGAAUCUUAUCGAGUUGUUAACACACACUACAGUAGUUUUCUCAAAAUCAUUCUUUGUAGACGACAUUUUUCUCCAGUUUUGGCUGCUCCAAACGACACAUUCCAGAACUGAAAAUGAGCGUUUUAAUUUACGGUAGGAGUCAAUUAAGCAUGUGGAGGUAGAUAUAUCUAUAUGUUUCGAAAGUUUUUGGAUCACGCUUUCAUACCCACCUCAAGUUUCAGUGGUAGCCUCAAGGUGCAUCUGUGAAUAACCAACCAUUCACUGACUGUGUGAUAAUUUUUGUUGUCUUUUCUCUCGAUUGUAUUUGCAAAAAGUCUCCUCCUCUUCUUUCAUGGUGUGAUUGAUAUGGAAUCUCAUAGUUAGACGAUAGCACUAACUCAUCGACAGCAACUGAUCAUCUAAUCUGGAUCUGCAGUUGGUUAUAGAAAGCAAAUAGCAAUUUCCUUUAGGUUUAGGA